AUGCCGGCGCCUUCGACCUCACUAGAGGCCAAGCUGGUCGUGCUGGGCUCACAGAACGUAGGCAAGACCUCGUUAGUCCACCGCUUUGUCCAUCAGUCCUUUCUCCCUCCCAGCACUCCUUCCACUGUCGGGGCCUCCUUCUUGACCACACGCGUGCACGAUCCCGAAACAGACACGGACAUCCGUCUACAAAUCUGGGAUACUGCCGGCCAGGAACGCUUCCGCAGCAUCAGCAAACUGUAUUAUCGAGGCGCCCAUGCUGCCGUCUUGUGCUACGACAUCACAAGCAAGAAGAGUUUCGAAGAGAUGGGCGUAUGGCUGAGAGAGCUGCGAGACAAGGCUGGCUGGGGCGAUGCUGACGACUUGAUCCUGCAUGUUGUAGGCACGAAGAGUGAUGUCGUUGCAGAGGAUCCGUCUAAGCGCGAAGUCCCGUUUGAGCGUUGUAUAGGCUAUGUCGCCGAGCAACUCUACCCAGACCACGUCGUUCCUGGCAGUGCUCGUCCUUCAAGCGCCAUGCAUAGUUCACCUCCCAGCAACGGUAAUCUUGCCGCCAUGGCUUCUCCACACAGCAAUAGAAGCAGUGGUUUCUGGGGCCAAGAGCAUAUCUGGGACUGCUGUCACGAGAUCAGCGCAAAGGAUGGUGAAGGCAUAGAGGAAAUGUUCCGCGUCAUCACACGCAAGCUUGUCGAGCAACACCAGCGUAAAAUCGACCAGCAGCGAACGAUCGAGGCCACCAUGGGCCGAACCCCUUUCACCGAUGGCGGCCAGAGCUAUUUCGACCUUCCAAAUGGCGGUACUGGCAGUUUCCGGGUCGGCCAUGGCGAUAAACGACGAAGCUGGCUCGGCUUUCCUGGUACGCCCGGUGUGCCUAGUGGUACAUCCGAGACUGGCGAAAGCGAAGUCAACAUCAACCCCAAGAAAGGUCGUUGCUGCUAA